AUGACCACCCCAUUCACCAAAGCCAUGGCUCUCAUCGACGCCGCCCACGCCCAAGAUCCGCGCCGCAUCCCCAUUCCCAAAUCCACACCCGGAUCCGAAUCCCAGCACGAACCCCAACCCCAAGACACAACCCACCCGGGGGCCGAGAAGGAAGAAGAGGAAACCAUCCCCUACGAGCUGCACUACGCCCAAAAAAUGACCCACUAUCUCACGCUGCACACCAGCGCCUCGACACCGCCAUCAGAACCCCUCGCCCUGGCCAUCCGCGCGCAACAUCUUCGGCGCUGGGAGAUCCCCCGGAAUACAUACCCCAUGACGAAAGUGGGUUAUCAUUCCUGGCGAACGGCGCUGCAGCGUCAUCAGGCGUCGCGAGCGGAGCAGAUCUGUCUAGACGCGGGGUAUGACGUGGUCUCUGCGGCGCGGGUCGCGGCGUUAGUGCGCAAGGAGGAUCUGAAGAAGGAGGAUGCGGAGACGCAGGUGUUGGAGGAUGUAGCAUGUUUGGUGUUUCUGGAUGAUCAGUUGGUGGGGUUUGCAGGGGAAAAGGGGGCCGAGUAUGGCGAGGAGAAGAUGUUGGGGAUUUUGAGGAAGACGUGGGCGAAGAUGUCGGAGCGGGGGAGGGAGUUGGCGUUACAGGUUGAGAUUGGGGAUCAGGGCGUUAGGGAGUUGGUGGGGAGGGCUGUUGCGGGGAAUUAA